AGACGGUAAAGAAGAAGGGUUUAGGCAUUUUAGGGUUUUAAAAAAGAGAAGCGUUCUGGGACUGGAAUCUCUCGCCCUCCUUCCCUCUCAGUUGCCAUCAAUCAAUAAAGAGCCGCGAAAAUCUGUUAUGCCGCUCUUGAUUAUCACUAUUAAGCUAAUUCAAUGGAAGGAUUGAGAACUUCAAAGGCGAAUUUAGUUGUAUAUAUACAUCCUUCAAAAGCGAAUAAGGUUUCUCAAGCUAUUCUCCGUGAACUCAGUUCAUUGCUCUUCAAGUUUAAUGAAAUAUUUGAUGGUGUUGUCUUGGCUUAUGACGUAGGAGUUCGGAAUGAAACUGCAAGAAUUCUUCCUGGAGUCCAUCCUUUUUUUGGUGUAAAGUUGACAGCCGAACUGCUACUUUUUUCUCCAAAGCCUGACAUGCUUGUAGAAGGGAAGGUGGUGAGGAUUGGAGAAGACUCCAUAAAUCUUGUCGUCCUUGCCUUUUCUUCUGUUUCCAUUUUGCAGGAAGAUAUUCGUAAAGAUUUCAGAUAUAAAAUUAAACAUGGUGAGGAAUUGUUGGCCAGUAGAUCUCACAAGCGACAUAUGAUCAAGGUCGGGAGCACAGUUCGCUUUUUAGUUAAGAGCUUCGAUGAAGAAAUACUACACAUUUCAGGAUCCUUGAUUCCAUCCCAUACUGGAAACGUUGAUUGGUUGGAUAAACAUGUAGAAGAAGGUUCACAAUCAGAGAGGAGCAUCAAGAGAGAAAGGGAGACUAGUAAGGUAAAGGCAGGGCUUGAUUCAGAAGUCCAUAGUGAAGAUACAACUAUGAACAGUGAGCGACGCCGUUCAAAGAAGUCAAAAAGGGGAGACUGAAAGAGUAAAGAGGCAUAGCUUGAUUCAGGAGUAGUCUAUAUUGAAGAUGCAAUUGUGAUGGGGAAAACUAUUGGAAGAAGUAGAGAAGGCGAAGAAAUGCAGUGAUGUAGUGUUUGUUGGAUCAACUGUAUGCUGUCUGUUUCUUUUUUUUGUUUAAUCAUAUUUUUAUUGAAAUUAUACAUUACCCCUAAAGGAAAACUGAAGCAAAAAAUGAACAGCAACUAUAAAACUGACCCAACUUAUAACAG